GUAAUAAUGAUAUGUGUUGCCACAGGGAAUAAUUGAUACGAGCAAAUGUGUGUAUAUAUAGCUUAUAUGCAACAUCAUUGGGUCCUCAACCAAAAACUCCUCUCUCAGUACACUUCUUUUCAUACCUCAAGAGACUAAAACUAGUUUGAGGAGAUUUAGAGGAGUGUUUGGUUCUUUGGAUAACAAUAUCCCAAACUGAAAAUGGCUAAGUCAUAUGGAGCUAUCUUCCUCUUGACCCUCAUUGUCCUCUUCAUGCUUCAAACCAUGGUUAUGGCCUCAAGUGGAUCUAAUGUGAAGUGGAGCCAGAAACGUUAUGGACCAGGAAGCCUGAAACGUACCCAAUGCCCAUCGGAAUGUGAUAGGAGGUGUAAAAAGACACAGUACCACAAGGCUUGCAUUACGUUCUGCAACAAAUGCUGCAGGAAGUGUCUCUGUGUGCCUCCGGGUUACUAUGGGAACAAACAAGUUUGCUCCUGCUACAACAACUGGAAAACUCAAGAGGGUGGACCAAAAUGCCCUUGAAAAAAUCUCCCUUCGUUCCCUUUUUAUAAUAAAAAUUUUCAACUAUAACUAAAUUUCCUUUGAUCAAUGUUUUAUCUACUUUAUUCCUAAUGUUGUAAUGUUAUGUCACUCCUUUUCGGAUUUUGUUCUAAAUCCUAAAAAAAAUGAGAGUGGCCCUAUGAAUGAUAUUUUUCAUGAAUACUUGUGUUUCUAAAGAUAUUUUCCCAUUCAUCCACCAAAAAAAAAGAUAUUUUCCAUUUCGAAAAUAGUAAUACUAUAAAGGGUAAGGCAAACC